AUGACCAAUCUAGAAGAAACCUUGAAAAAUGUUCGUGUAGCUCUUAGUGAAAAUGAUGCUAAAAGAGCCUUAAAGUUGUUAAAACCUUUCAAGAAAUCAUUGACAAGUGAAAAUAGUAAUAACCUGAAUCUUAAACAAGUAUACGCUGAAGCAUACUUGGAGAAUGGUCAGUUAGAAAAAGCAUAUCCAAUUUUGGUCUCUUGCUGUGAAAUUGAUCCAACGGGUGCAAUUGGAGGUUACGAUAAAUUUUUCACUUUAGGUCAGAUUAUUGGUGGUAAAGAUGGGUUAAACGUUAUGCAGAAGGGGAUAGAAAAUGUUUCAAGUAUCAAAGAAAUGACACAAGAACACACAAACAAGAUUGUAAGUGGACUCUUAUCUAUGAUUGAGAUAUGGAUGACUGAUUUAUGUAUGGAACCUAAUGCAGAAUCUGAAUGUGAACAGUUAAUUACAAAUGCCAUGGAAAUUUCUGGCGAAUCUUCUCCAGAAGCAUGGUUAACCUUAGGUUCGAUUAGGAUUUCCCAACAACGUUUUAAGGACGCUACUAUUGCAUUCACCCAAGCCUGGAAAUAUUUUGAGAUUAAAAAGAAUGAAGCUGGUAAAGCAGCUUUGGAUAAUGGUGCACCAACUCACGAGGAGUAUGCUGAAAUGUUGCAGCCUUUAAGUUCGUUAGCAAAGAUGUGCAUGGAAGUAGGAUUGUACGAUAUUGCAUUGAAGGUCGAGAAUGCCAUUAAGGAUAUCGAUGAAGAUAACCUGGAAGGUUACUACCUGGAGGGUUUCACAAAUUACCUAAUAUGUAAAGUUGAGAUUUUUAAGCAACAGAAUCCAGAUAUUGAUCUAAGCCCUGAAAAUAUUUACGAAUUCAACCAGCAUAUACAGGAGAUCCCAUUACAAUUAGAAAAUGAAGCAAUAGCCGAGCCUUUACAAGAGGCAAGGGUUGCAUUAAGUUUUGCCAACAAAUUAGGUGAUAAUGUGGAUUCUAAUGACGAGGUUGCAAACGAAUUAAUCUCCGGUACAAAAGCUCUAUUGGGUGAAAUUGGUGGUGUAGUAAGUGACGAAGAACUACAACAGCUGAGGAAAGGUGUUCCUGUCGAUGGAGAAAUUGAUGAGGAGAUUGAGAUUGAGUAUCUCUCUGAAGAGGAUGGAAACUAA